CUCAUUCUCCCAAGAUUCUUCCAUCUCCCUCACUACUGUGCUCUCUUCCCACCAUCUCUUUCUUGCUUUCUUCCCAUCUUUGUCUACUUCCUUUGCGAAUUGUCAUGUUACCAGCCCACUCACGCAUUCUCUCCAUAGUCCAGAAACUCCAAACUGCUCCAUUUCAAACCUCUACAUCAUUGCACAUCUAUAUGCCCCCAUCUACCCUCCCCACCCUCCAUCCUUAUCUCCUACCCUUCUCAAACACCAAGUUAAUUACCACUACAAUUAACAAGUUACCACUUCCUCCCAGGUUCCCAACUUCACAUUAAUCACCCACCACCCUCCCAAGCUCAAAGUUACCAAACUGUCCUCAAAAGCCCCAGCCUUUAGCUUCCUUACCUUCUCCCCUCCAUGAAUCCACCAACUGAAACAGAACUUCUCCCACCCCUCCCCACAACCGCCACCGCCAAGAGCUUGAAGAGAGCCCGCCCCAUGGCUUCAGCCCCAGGAUCCAAGACCUCCCCCUCUUCUCCUUCCUCUUCUUCUCCCCCUUCCUACCACUCUACCAGCGUCUCCCACAUGGACCAUGACCACCUCUUCUCCAUCAUCCUCCAUCUCCUUCCCCCUGAGUCCAUACUCUCAUUCUCCAUGACCUGCAGGAGGUUCAGAUCUUUGGCCUCCUCAGACUCCCUCUGGGAGUCCAUAUGCAGAAGGGAUUGGGACCGCAGCGUCGUCGACGCCCUCCUCGCCUCCUUCUCUGCCCACGAGAGGAGGGCGUUGUCUUGGAAGAGGCUCUACCGGCAAGUUUCCCAGCUGGGCUCGCUCUCUUGCCGCAGGUUGUCGUGCAAAGAUGGGGUCUUUCCCAAGCCCCGGGCCUCCCACUCCCUAAAUUUCGUCUCCGAUUGGCUCGUUCUCUUUGGUGGGGGCUGCGAAGGAGGGCGCCAUUUGGAUGACACGUGGGUGGCAUACGUUGGAAAUGGAUUCAACAGGGUACUAAGUUGGCAGCAUGUCAAUUCGGGCAUUCCAAGCGGACGUUUUGGACAGACCUGCACCCUCGUCGGCGAUUCCCUCGUCCUCUUUGGUGGCAUCAAUGACAGCGGAGUCCGCCUAAAUGACGCAUGGGUUGGGCGAGUCCUUUGCGAAGGAACACUCGAGCUCAAGAUCUCGUGGAGGCUGCUGGAUGUGGGCCCCAUUGCACCUCCUCCGCGUGGAGCCCAUGCGGCAUGCUGCACCGGAGACCGGAGAGUGGUGAUCCAUGGAGGGAUUGGACUGGAUGGCCAACGACUGAGUGAUACUUGGCAUCUGGAUCUAUCAGAUGACCUUAGAACUGCCAGAUGGCACCGGAUCCCAAAUGUCCGGCCAUCGCCUCUGCCGCGUUCGGGCCAUUCACUGACAUGGAUUGGUGGGACCUGGAUGGUUCUUUUUGGCGGAAGGGGCCCACGUUAUGAGGUGCUCAAUGAUGUAUGGCUCUUUGACAUUGGUGGAGACCAUCCUGAAUGGAAGGAGCUCAAAUAUGAUGCAUCCAAUGUACCGGGUGAGAUUCCACUUCCACGGGUCGGUCACUCUGCGACCCUCAUACUGGGGGGCAGGGUUCUCAUAUAUGGGGGAGAAGAUUCGCAGAGGCACCGGAAGGAUGACUUCUGGCUGUUAGAUGUCAGUUCUCUAGUGAGGUUUCGAUCAGUUGGUCUUAAGAAGACAUCAAGAAUAGCGUGGAAGAAGUUACGGGUUGAAGGGCAGUGCCCCGGUUACCGGUCAUUUCAUGGGGCAUGCACAGACCGAUCUGGGCGUUAUGUUUACAUGUUUGGUGGGAUGGUGGAUGGUGUUGUUCAUGCUGCUGAAGCCUAUGGGUUGAGGUUUGAUGGGGAGUUGUAUCAAGUGGAGCUUGUGCUGCAGUUGUAGAGAAUAGAAACAUUACUCCGGUUACUGUUGUCAUGUGCAGCGGUUUAUUGUACUAAAGAGACUCAUCAGAGUAUCAGAGCGAUGAAUCUAGUGUACAGAUACCAGUAAUCUCAUGAGAUGCAGCUCGCUGUCAGCACCCAUCAUUUAAAAUCCUUAAUUCUUUUAUGCAGGCAAAAUUUUCCGAUUGUAUUUCUUGGAAAGGUGCAGGAAACUUUAUUCUGCGUUGAUCUGGAUACAGUUAAAGUUGACAAAAUAUGAUCCGAUCUAUCAAUUUGAUUCGGUAUAAA